AUGGCCGAGCCGCCGCGCGUCCCCGCGUUCCUCGCCAAGAUCCGCGCCCACCAUGCGCCCCAGACGGUGCAGACAGCACCCAUCGACUCUACAACCCCAUCCUCGACCCAAUCGCCCGUUCAUGCCGGCGGCAACCAGACCGCGUCGACAAGUACCAGUGCGACGGGGCCCAACGGUGCCACCACGCCCACCACAGUGAUCCCGAUCGCUCCUCCUCCCAACGCACUGUACUUGCCGCCUCCGGCCGUGCCCACUGUCGAAGAGGACCUCGUGCCGCCCGAAAACUUUGCCGCGGUGACACAUGGCGUGUACAGGUGCGGCUUCCCGAAGCGCCGCAACUUCAAGUUUCUCGAGACGCUGCAGCUCAAGACCGUCUUGACGCUCGUACUCGAAGACUACCCAGAGGCAAACCUGCAGUGGUGCCAGGACCAGGAUAUCCAGUUCAUGCAAUUCGGUAUCCCGGGCAACAAGGAGCCGUUUGACAAUAUCCCCGAGGACGUCAUCUGCUCGGCGCUCGUGGCCAUCUUGGACAAGCGCAACCACCCAUUGCUGAUCCACUGUAACAAGGGCAAGCACCGCACAGGCUGCCUCAUUGGGUGUAUCCGCCGGCUCCAAUCGUGGUCGCUCACAUCCAUCUUUGACGAGUACCGCCGCUUCUCUGCGCCCAAGUCCCGCGCCGUCGACCAGCAGUUCAUCGACCUCUUCUCCCUCGCGCCCGUGUGGGCCGAAGUGGUCGAAAAGGGCGGCGGCCUCGCCAACCUCCCCGACUGGCUGAUGCUCACGUUGCCACUCCCGCUACAGGCCCUGCGAGAGGCGCAGCGCGAGACAGAGGCACAGCGUGCUACAGAAAGAGAACGGCGCGUGGCCAAUGGGAAUAAUGGUGCCGGAGGUGGUGGUGGUGGACCGGCGAGGAUUGAAAUGCUGGACAUUGAGCCCCUGCCUGGCGUUGGGUACGAGAUUGCGGCACGAUGA